AGUUAGGAAAUUUGUCUACUUCAAACUGUCAGUUUUUAUUGGUCUAUGCGUUAGACAUUGUAAAAUGGCUGGCGCCGAUGGCGGAGAAGUCGAUAUGUAGUCUGUAGUGUUUACGUUAAGUGAAUUACCUUUACUUUUUACUAACAUUAUAUUAUAAUUAUAUUAUACAGUGUUGUGUGGAUAUUAUAAACAGUUCGGAAACAAUAUUCGUGUGUAACUUUAAACAAGAUGCGUAAUCAUCAUCGUCGACGAUAUAUGAAAAUAAUGACAACACUUUAGAACACGCAACAGCUGUGUGAGACAACAAUAAACGAUAUUCGUUAUGGGGAAUUGUUGUUGUUGCGGCAGUCGGGCCUCUUUACCGGCCAAACAAAAAGAGGCGGACUUCGUGAGAAUAACCCAUCCACCAUUUAUCGAAAACUUCCCUAAAGAUCAGAGUUCUGUGAGCAGCAGCCGUCCGGAGGAACGAUACCGACCGACACCAACCAAACCCAGAUCCAUAAUGGUGGCGAUGUACAAUUACGAAGCCAGAGACAGUCAAGACGUUUCGUUCAAAAAAGGCGAUCGAAUGGAAGUCAUAGACGAUUCCGAAGGCGAUUGGUUGAAAGUUAUACAUCUAACUACCAAAGAAAAAGGAUACAUUCCGGGGAAUUACGUAGCGCAGGAAAAGAGCGUCGAAAGCGAAGAUUGGUUCUUCGAGAACGUAUCUAGAAAAGAAGCAGAAAAAUUACUUCUAUGCGAAGAAAAUCCAAGGGGUACUUUUCUAGUCCGUCCCUCCGAGCACAAUCCCAAAGGAUACUCGCUGUCCGUGAAAGAUUGGGAAGAAUACAGGGGAUACCACAUUAAGCAUUACAAAAUUAAACCUUUAGAUAAUGGCGGAUUUUACAUAUCCACCAAUAAGACAUUCGACAAACUGUCAGAUUUAGUAAAUGCGUAUACCAAAAAUGCUUAUGGUUUAUGCCAUGUACUAUCGAAACCUUGUAAACGCCCCCAACCGACGAUGUGGGAUCUCGGUCCUACGUACAGGGACAAAUGGGAAAUAUCCAGAGACGAAGUGAUAUUGAUACGUCGUCUCGGACGGGGUAAUUUCGGCGAAGUCUACUACGGAAAAUGGAAAAACAACAUCGAAGUGGCUGUGAAAACUUUAAGGGAAGGUACCAUGUCGACUGCUGCUUUCUUAGAAGAAGCGGCCAUCAUGAAGAAAUUCCGACACAAGAGGUUGGUAGCUUUAUACGGGGUGUGCAGCGAACAAGAACCCAUCUACAUCGUCCAGGAAUAUAUGAGUAAGGGUAGUUUAUUGGAUUUCUUACGUAAAGACGAGGGUAGGCAUCUCCAAUUCGAAGAUUUGGUUUAUAUCGCUUUCCAAGUUGCUUCCGGCAUGGAAUAUUUGGAAUCCAAACAGUUGAUUCACAGGGACCUAGCCGCAAGGAACGUUCUAAUAGGCGAGAACAACGUCGCUAAAAUAUGCGAUUUCGGAUUAGCCAGGGUAAUAGAAGACAAUGAAUACUGUCCGAAACAAGGUUCCCGUUUCCCAGUAAAAUGGACGGCGCCCGAAGCCAUAAUAUACGGUAAAUUUUCCAUAAAAUCGGAUGUGUGGUCGUACGGUAUACUAUUAAUGGAACUAUUCACCCUCGGACAAGUACCUUACCCCGCUAUGCACGGUAGAGAAGUCAUAGAUCUAGUUGAGAAAGGUUACAGGAUGCCGAAACCGACAACCCACGAAGUACCCGACGAAAUCUAUCAAAUAAUGUUGAACUGUUGGGACGCCAAUCCGGAAAAGAGACCGACUUUCGAAUUCCUGACGCACUAUUUCGAAGGAUUCAACGUUACGUCCGAAGUUCCUUACAGGGAAGUACCGGAUUAAAAUCCCAUACGACGAACCGACUUCUUCGACCAAUAAAUUUUGUCUUAACAGUUAUGAAUCUCUCAUAAAGGCUCUUAUAUAUGUGACAAUCAUUUUAAACGGUUUAACAAAUUCUGUUAAGAUGACGGUUACCUCAAGCUGAUACACAUCUUUUUUUUUAUCUGUCACGAACUAAGCUAGAUCUCAUUUAGUUUUAUAAAUGUCUGAUUUGUUUCCUAUCAAAUCCUUCCCGGAUGGUAACGUUCAAAUAAUCGAUUGGUUUCCGGAAAGUUAAAACAAACAAUAAAUCUGGUUUAAGGCUCUUUGUAAACGCACUUAAUAAUUCGAAUUAUUUUGAAAAAAUAUGCGUUUUUGUAUCAAACUUUUCCAUUUAAACCGAUGAAUUGCUCAAAUUGUUGGACGGUUAUCUUUCUAAAAGGACUCUGAGAACCUUUUAAUCAAAUUUUCUAUCAAUAAUCAAUAAAAAUUGUCUGAGGCGAUUCAAAACGAUUCUGAAACUACUCAAGUUAUGAUUUGGGGUAGAUCUGGAUCAUUUAUGGUGUUUAAUUAAAUUACAAAUAAACUGGAACCUUCUCUUUCGUCCCUGAUUUAAAAGCUCUCAUCAUUUUCUACUUGAAUUGUUAAAUGGUUGGAUGGUUACUUUCAAAAAGACAUUCACAUGUCUAUGGUGAUAUAAAAUGAUUCCCAAACAAUUUAAUUUUAAUUUGGGGUAUUUCUAGAUUAUUUAGAGUGUUUAUUCAAUUGUACAUAAAACGUAACCUCUUAUUUCCUAAACUGCUUGGUUACUAAUUUGGGACAUCUAGUUUAUUACGUUCUUCAAAAAGCUCAGUUUUCAAUUUUCACCUAGACAAUAUAUGACGUUGAAUCCAAAAUUGUGUCUUUUAUUCGCCCCUAAAUCGAAAUUGCUACUCAAAAACACAUUUUUGGUUCAAAAUAGUUGGACGGUUGCUUUUAAAAAUGCUUUCAUUCAUCUAAGGUGAUUCAGAACCCUCUUCAAUCUAUUUUAAUUCUUAAUUUGGAAUAUCUAGUUUGUAAAAUUCAAUUGUGUAUGAGCCAGAACCUUUUAUUCAGCCCCUAAAUUGAAACUGCCAUCGCUUAUCUUCAAAAAUGCAUUUUUCUGUAUAAAUGCUUCAAUAAUUGAAUAAUUGAUUUUGAAACGGCAUAUGAUAUGAUCCAAAACGUUUUCUAAAUAUCUCUGAUUCCCAAUUUGGGACAGAUCUAGAUAAUGUAGAGUGUUUAAUCCAUAAGAAAUCUCCAUUUUAUAUCAACUUGUAUCAUUUAUAUGAAUAAUUUUGUAUUUAAAAAUCCUUCAAUAAUUGCAUAAUUGUUUUGGAAUGAGCAAAUGAUAUGGUUCAACAUGUUGUCCAAUCUGAUCUAUACAAUGCAAGAUGCUCGAUUCAGUAUUUCAUCUCUAAUCUAAUGGUUGAUGGGAUACUUUUGGAAACAAUAUAUAGAAUACUUCCAUCCCGAAUCAAAAACUUUAUCAUUCAUCCUCAUAUUUUUCUAUUUAAACCAUUGAAAGGUUUCCAAUAACCACAACCUUUUAUUCAGCUCCUAAAUCAAUAUUUCCAUUAUAAAUUUCUAAAAAAUUAAAUUUGAAUCGUUUUCGAAAGUACUAUAAUGUAAAUCUGGAAAAUAAAGUGUCCGAAAUGCUUGAUUUGCAAUAUUUUUUUGAUUUAUUAAUCAAAUCAGCAAUGGUACUAUUGAUGAAUUGAUGCUUCCAUUCUCCAAGUAUGUUGAUGGAUUUUAUUAUUGACGAAACGCCGUCCAACUUAGGAGCAGAUUUGGCAGACAAUAAAUUUUUCGAACGUUUACUAGAGCCUUUUUAAUAAAAAAAUUAUAGUUUAUUUGUGAUAUUUUUAGAUCAUAAUUUUGACUAGUCACUCAAAUAGUGAAGCUAACAUUUUUUUAUUGUAUUUUUUAUGAAAACUCCAAUACAUCACGAACGAAAAAUAACCAGAUUAAGUCCAAUUGGAUACUUAAUUUCAUUUUAUUCUAUUUUUUUUAAUAUUAUAUUCGAAUUUUACGAUAAGUGUACUAAAGUUGAGUACAGUCUUAUUUCGCAAUGUAAUAUUUUUGAAAUUUAAUUAUGCCGUCCGUUUUACGUAUGACAUUUGACAGAUUUAUCGUUUAUAUAGACCCUUUAGGUACUGGGAGUAUAGUGGCAUGGUUUAAAUUGAUAAUCAAUUUACAUUUUGAUUUAACAGCUUCCCAAAAAAGUUUAUUUUGAAAAAUAUUUGACUUUUGGAACGUUUAUAAGCAAAAUCAAAAUGUGUUCCAUGUAUUUUGAUGUUUCUUUUUCAUUUUAGUAAAAUUACUUCUACUAGUUCGGUUCCUGGACAUUAACACGUUGACUGAGUGUUUCUUGUUCUUUGUUAUUCUUCCAAAAAAUGUUUGUUUUUUGAACAAUAAUUGAGUUUUGGAAUGUGCAAAUAUAAAAACAGAAUUUUUUUCAUGUAUUUUGAUGUGUCUUUUUCAUUUUAGUACAAUUACUUCAACUAUUUCGGUCCUUGGACAUCAACACGUUGAGUGAGUGUUUCUUGCUCUUCAUUCUUCUUUCAAAAAGUAGUUUUGUACCUAUUUUUGAAAAAUAUUUGAAUUUUGGAACGGUCAAAAGCGAAAACAAAAUUUACUUGAUAUAUUUCGAUUUUCUUUCUUCAUAUUGCUAAAAUUAAUGUUCCCGCACAUUAACACCUUGACGGAGUGUCUGUUAUUCUUGAAUCUUUUUCAAAAAAGUAAUUUUUGUACACUAUUAACACGCUGACUGAGUGGCUGUCAAAAUAUAACCCUUUUGGUUUUAUUGACAAUACCAUUUUGUGACAAUAAUUUUGAGUUAUCAGAGAAAAAAAUGAGAAAUUUCUCCAAUUCCAUACGCCAACUAUACAAUAACCAACCAAACUUACCCGAUACAGUAUCGGGUAGCGAUACCCAAAACAAGAGGAGUAUCACCAUAGUUAGAUACUUAAAAAAAGACUGUACUUAAUGGAUCAUUUAGAAAAAAAAUAUGUUUCGACUAAAAUAUCCGAAGCAAAAAAAACUAACACACGAUUAUAGUUUAGAUUCGAUUAGAAUAUCAAGUGCAAAUCAAAAUUGUAUCAGGAUACACUUCGAUUUGCAUUCCUAAAUCUAAAGUGUCCUAUUUCCAGAAUUUAACUUUUUAUAUAAACAUUUUAUACUUUCGAUAACAUUUUUUAAAUCGAUAUAACGAGAAUUUAUUAGACGUGGUGUUCGAAAAUAAUUAUUUCCUAUUCUGUUGAUGUCUUGUGUGUAUUCUCGUGUAUUUUACUCGGUUAUAUCAUCAAAAUGUACCAUAUCGUUGAGUAAUCAUUUACAAAAACAAUUCUCUUAUCUUAGGGGAUUUUUUUGGGUUAAAAUACCUUUUAAAUUGAGAUUUAUAUACCGGAUGAUGGUUACCAAUUUUAUACAUCCUACUAUUCCAAAUAAAUACUCGUUUGAAUAAAUUAUGAAUUGAUUAAACAUUUAAAACCCUGUAUUUUUGUAAAUCAUCACUCAGAUUAAAUUAAAUGUCUCACAGUAUCUCCCUACCUGUCAUCUUCCUCCUCUCCUGUAAUUUUCUCUUUUUAUAGCAAUCCAAAUUCAGUUCUAGAACGUUUUAGACCCCUAUAGAUUAUUCUUAAACAAUUUAGAGAGUGCUGUGAAACUGGCGAGCCAUCUACAAUAUUAAUAUGGGUAAAAACUAGGUUCUAGACCAUUUUAUAACCCUCAGAUUAUUCUAUAACAAUUGACAGCGAUCUACGAUGUUGACAUGGGAAAAAACGAGGUUCUAGAAUAUUUUAGACUCACCGAUUAUUCUAGACAAUUUUAGGACCUUCCAGAUUAUUCUCACACAAUUUAGAGAGAUUUACGAUGAUAGUGUAGCAAAUAACUUGGUUCUAGAAAUUUUUAGAGCCCUCAAAAUUAUUCUCUAAAAAUUGAAAGCUAUCUAUAUGAGAGAAAAACAACGAAAAACUAGAGUAGAACAUCUAUGUAGAUUCUGGAAGGAAAGUACUUCAUAAAUUGUUGGGUCUCCGCCAUCUUGAAUGUCAACGGGAAUGGAAGUGACGUCAUCUGUCAAUUGUGUCAGUCAUCCUCGAUUUUUUGUUAUUUUGAUCCUUUCUAGUACUUAAAUUCCAUAAAGAGACUGUGAGACAUAAUAGUGUGUGAUAAAUCGAAUCUGUGUAUGGGACGUUAAUUUUCGCGUGCUUCAAUUUUGUCUUGGUGCAAUAGUGGUAUAUUUUCUAUACGGAUAUUUUAAAAAUUCUAGAUGAUAAAAUUAUUUUAUCUACGAUUAGUUAGAGGUGCAUGUGUGUUUGUAUUUUAGUGUUAUAAAAAAAAUGAUUUUUCGUCCGUUUCGAUCGGAUAUACAGUCACGUCAAAUAUAUUCAUUUUUAUUUUCUUUAUUUUUUAAGAAAGCCAUAUGUUAAAAAAAUUUUAUAGGAACAAUAUAACUUUUGUAAAUAUAGCAAGUACUGAAUAAAAUAGCGUCUUGA